AAAUAAUCAAAAUUAUUAUUAUCAUUUUUCCUCCCUCUUUUGUUUUUGUUGUCUUUCCUCUCCCAGUCGUGUCCUCCCCCAGAUACCAAUUUUCCCAGCAAACAAACACCACUUGCAAUUUGCCCCCAGCGCCGGAUGCUCCCAUUCCGAGUCCCGACUUUUCGUUAAAAAUGAUAAUUUAACAAAUUGUUUGAGAAUUCUGCCCAUUUUGGUGGCCACCCACACAACCACAACAACACACACUUGCGCUGUUCUUUCUCCUUCACUGGGAUUGGACCGCUUCAGCCUGGUUUUUAAACUAGUAUAUCACAUCCGUUAAUUUAUAUUCUAAACUCUGCACCAGGCAGGAGCUCCCCUUUCCGUAUUUGUUAUAUAGAGGUUUAUUAGUUCCCUUCCUUUCCCAUAUCUUCGGCGCAGCACCGUAAGAUUUUGAAGGAAUCCCAGUUCUGAUUUUGUUUGUUUUCCCAUACCCUUCCGUCUUCUUCCCGCCGGCCGCCUCGCUAGGUCUUCUGUUUCUGUGUGUUUCCCGCAGACCAAGACCAUGUUGGACAAAGAGUUUUUCACCGAGUAUAGCGAGGCAAGCCAGUACGAUAUUCAAGAAGUGGUUGGGAAAGGAAGCUAUGGGGUUGUUGCAUCGGCUAUAGAUACUCACACUGGGGAGAAGGUGGCCAUUAAGAAGAUGAACAACGUUUUCGAGCAUGUCUCUGAUGCCACACGCAUCUUGAGAGAGAUCAAGCUCCUUCGCUUGCUUCGCCACCCCGAUAUUGUGGAGAUCAAGCACAUAAUGCUUCCUCCAUCACGAAGGGAGUUCAAGGAUAUCUAUGUGGUCUUUGAGUUGAUGGAAUCUGAUCUCCAUCAGGUAAUUAAGUUGAACAACGAUUUGACUCCUGAUCAUCACCAAUUCUUCUUGUACCAGCUUCUUCGAGGUCUAAAGUAUAUACAUUCAGUUUCUCUGCUUUGCUUGAUGGAUGUUCUAAUGGCUCUAACUGGUGAACAUUCUGCAAUAACAGCUCACGUCUUUCACCGAGACCUGAAGCCGAAAAAUAUUCUGGCCAAUGCCGACUGCAAACUGAAACUUUGUGACUUUGGGCUUGCUCGUGUGUCAUUUAGUAAUGCCCCUUCCGCUAUCUUUUGGACAGAUUAUGUGGCAACCCGAUGGUAUCGUGCCCCGGAAUUGUGUGGCUGCUUUUCUUCCAAGUACACGCCUGCAAUUGAUAUUUGGAGCAUAGGAUGCAUAUUUGCAGAGUUGGUAACAGGCAAGCCCUUGUUUCCUGGGAAAAAUGUGGUCCAUCAAUUGGAUCUCAUCACUGAUUUGCUUGGCACUCCCUCUCCCGCUACCAUUUCACGGAUCGGGAAUGAAAAAGCUAGGAAGUAUCUGACGGGCAUGAGCAAAAAGCAACCAAUUCCAUUCACCAAAUAUUUCCCUGGGAAAGAUGCAGGGGCUCUUCGCUUAUUGGAGCGCAUGCUAGCGUUUGACCCUAAAGAUCGUCCAUCUGCUGAAGAGGCACUGGCUGAUCCAUACUUCUAUGGCCUGGCAAAUUUGGAGAAUGAACCAACUAGGGCACCCAUUUCAAAACUGGAGUUUGAGUUUGAAAGGAGAAGACUGACACGAGAUGAUGUAAGAGAGUUAAUCUACAGAGAGAUCUUGGAGUACCAUCCUGAAAUGCUAAAUGAGUAUCUCCGGGGCAUAGACCAGACUCACUUCGUGUAUCCUAGGUAAGUUGAAAGCUUCAGGACGGUAAAGUACUUUAGUUGUGCGCCUACGACUUGUCUUACCGUCUUGCAUUUUAAAAUUAACAGCAUUACAGUAUAAUUGGUCUUAUGCUCCUUUGGUGUCCCCUCUUGGUGGGUUUUGUGUGCCAAAAUCUGGUGUGCUUUUUUUCCACAUUUGGGUUGGGAAAACUAGCUGUAUGGACUAACACCGGGUGAAUCUUCUCUCUUAUCAGCGGAGUUGACUGGUGCAAGGAACAAUUUGCUUGUUUGGAGGAUGAAAAUGGCGAUGUAAUUGAAAGAACCAGCCCAGUACACAGGAAACAUGCCACCUCUUUGCCAAGAGAAAGGGUGUGCACCAUUGAUGACCAUGAUGAUCCCAAGAAGGGGGGCUGCGACUGUUGUCAUGGUGGCGAGGAUAAUGCAAGGCCGAACUCCAGUAAAACUGCUUCUCCUCCAGCGACUGUACAGCGCCAGAGCCCUCGUGCACCACCAGCAGAGGAAUCGACGCCGCUGCUGCCUUCUGCUAACAAAAAGAACAGCACAUUAACCAAGAAGAGCAGCAGCGGGAAUCCCAUUACACCGACUUGCAGCAGUGGGCGCAGCCUGCUGAAAAGCGACAGCAUUUGUGCGUCCAUGUGUGUUGGUGUCGGUGGAAAUGAUCUGCAGGUUCAUGCUCGGUGAAUUUGAGAGAUGUACGGUGGUGGCGGUACUGUUUCAUUUGGUCUUUGGAACGCCGGUCGUGAAUUCCUGCUGUUUUUACUGCUUGAUGAUGAUGAUGACGACGACGAUAAGGGUACUGACGUUUGCGUGUAAUUCUGGGUACAUUGUUAUAUCUGUUUUGUACUGACCAGCAACCGUUCUGCUUUAAUCUGGCUGUUCGAUUUGGAAAUAUUAGCAUUAUGGCUAACGGUGCAAGAAGGGGAAAAACGAAAAACCUCCUCUCCGGAGCUAUUUGUUCUUGUUUUUUUUCUUACGGUUAUUCUUGUUUCUUUAUUUGCUAAAGGCAGCUUUACUUUUACAAUUAUCGUCCUUAGCAUCCUAACGAAAGCCUCAACAGUCUAUACCCGCCAAAUUUUGCCCGGUCAAAAUUGGGAUUUUUUUUUUGAUGGAAAACCUGGGGUAAAAAUUGGGAUUUUAAGUUCAUAUAAAAUGGAAUAUUAAGUAAAAUUGAAAAUUUGAAUUAAAUUUCAAU